CGCCCCUGGAAGUGGCGGGGUGGAGGGGCUGGCGGAGCUACGCGCGGCAGCUAUGGAGCAAAGCUGCCCGGGCCCGGAGACCAGCAUGGAGGGCGCGGCGGGUGACCCGUACCGGCGACCCGCGCGGCGCACCCAGUGGCUGCUAAGCGCCCUGGCGCACCACUAUGGGCUGGACCGUGGCGUGGAGAACGAGAUCGUGGUGCUGGCCACGGGCCUGGACCAGUACCUGCAGGAGGUCUUCCACCACCUGGACUGCCGCGGCGCCGGCCGCCUGCCUCGCGCCGAUUUCCGCGCGCUUUGCGAGGUCCUGGGGCUGCGCGCCGAUGGGACAGAUGCCGCCGGGGAUGAGGCCACCGGAGACGCGAACUCCGGGGAUGUGACGACCGGAGACGCGGCCGCUGGGGUGGCCACCGACCAGGACGCGGAUGCAGAGGAGGAGGCGCUCCUGGCGCUGCGCGCCGAGCCGCCCGAGCUCACCUUCCGCCAGUUCCACGCGCGCCUCUGCGGCUACUUCGGCACCCGCGCCGGGCCCCGGCUGCCCCGCGGCGCUCUCAGCGAGCACAUCGAGACGCAGAUCCGCCUGCGCCGCCCGCGCCGCCGCCGCCGCCCGCCACACACGCCGGGCCCGGAAGGGGGCCCAGACGGCGGCCCGGACAGCGAGCGCACGGCGCGUUUGGCGGAGGAAAACAGCAGCCUGCGGGAGCUGGUAGAGGACCUGCGUGCCGCGCUGCAGAGCAGUGACGCGCGCUGUCUAGCGUUACAGGUCGGCCUCUGGAAGAGCCAAGCGAGCGCGCGGGAGGCGGGCCGCGGCGGGCCAGAGGCGGCGGCGCGCGAGCUGCGGCAGGCGCGGGGCGCGCUGGCGGCGGCCGAGGCCCGCGCGGGGCGGCUGCGCCAGGGCCAAGCCGCCGUGCGCCGACGGGCGGAGGAGGCCCGGCAGGCGGUGCUGCGCAGCCUGCGUCGCGUGCGCGAGCUGGAGGCGCUGGCGUGCCAGGUGCCAGGCCUACAGCGCUGGGUGCGGCGGCUGGAGGACGAGCUGCAGCGCUGCAGGUCAGAGGGCAACCAGCUCCCAGCCUUACCACGAGCCAGCCCAGAGCCAGAUGCCAAGAGUAGUGAACCUGAGCACAGUGGGACCCGGGGCCCAGACCCCGCUCCAGAGGGCACCUGGCAGUCAGACAGCAGCUCCGGGAGCAGAACGCUGGACGAAGCAGACGAGCAACUAUUCCGCUCGGUGGAGGGCCAGGCUGCCUCUGAUGAAGAGGAGGAUGAGAAGUGGCAGGAGGCACAGAGGCCACCAGCUGAGGUCAAGACCCUGCUGGCUCACCUCUCCAGCUGUGCGAGUGGGUGUGACGACCAGAUGGCCAAGCAGCUCAUGACUUACUUCGGCAGCUUUGGCAGCGCUGACCACGCCCAUGCCCCAGCGGAGCUGGAGGCCCGGGUGGCCAUGCUGGUGGAGCAGCUGGGGACCCUGGGCUGCAGCAGGACAACCCCAGGGACACCUGAGGAGGAGGGGGAGCUGCAGUCGAAGGUGGAAGAGGAGCAGCUGAGGCUGGAGCUGCAGAUGGUGGAAACCGAGAGGGUGCGGCUGUCCCUGCUGGAGGAGAAGCUGGUGGACGUGCUGCAGCUCCUCCAGAGGCUCCAGGACCUGAACAUAUCUAAAAGAGCCCUGGGGAAGAUUUUGCUGAGCACGCUGAACGUUUGCAGGGACCCUGCACAUGAGGGGGGAUCUGGGCCUGCGGCUACCCUGGAUGCCCUGCACCAAGCUUUGGCCUGCUGUGAGCUCUUGCGGAGACAGCCCUCCACACCAGCGGCCCCAGCUCCAGUGCUCACCAACUCCCUCCUCACCUGCUGAGGUCGCUGGCCCAGCCUCUGGGCACUGCCACACCAGCCUCCAGAUCGGCCUGGCUACUAUCACAUCCUCGGAACCUGGAGGCCUGGGCUCCUUCUGACACUAGGCCCAACCCCAGAGCCUCCCAAUACAGAGCCUGGCAGCCAUCCCUUCCUUGGGUUCCUCCGAUUCUCCCACAGCCCCUGUAUCCUGCUACCAGAGACCACAUUCCAGCCCUGGGGGUGCUGGAUCAGCCUGUACCUGCUGCAGCCUCCCCUGCCCUCGGAGCAGAGGUGCCCACUCUCCCACUCAGCCCAGGACCCCUUCCCUGGGCUCCCAGGCUCUCCUCCCCCACAAUACUGUACCCUUCCUCCCCCCAGUGUGCCUGCUGCAGGGACACUGGGCCCGACCUCCAGGCCACAGCUGGUGUGGUGCGAAGACAGAGCAGGGCUGGGGGAACUUCACAGGGGGAGUGAGUAUCACCACAGGCUUCCUGGUGGGGCCUGGCCUUGAACUAGCUCUAGAAGAGAGACAGGAUUUACAUGGGUAGAAAGAAGAGGGAAGGGCAUUCAGGUGAGGUAAGGACAAGAGCUAAAGUGUGGUGCCAGCAAGGGGCCCCUUUCAUACAGUACCCGGACCCCCUCUUUCCUGAGCAUACAGUAGGUAUGGGGGCUCAUGAGGGUCACGGGAAGGAGUAAGACAAGAGGCCUGGUCUCACCUACCGUAAGAUCUUGUUGAAAAGAAAGAUACGUUGGCAAAAUAGUUCAAUGUGAGUGAAAUCAAUGCUAAAUGGAGGUAAAAUAGUGUUAUGAGAGCCCAGCCACCACAGCGGGAACAGCAGGGGUGAGGGCAGAUGCCUGGAGGAAGCUAGGGCAGGUGAGGGCCUCCAGGGCGGACAAGGAUCCGGGACAUGGUCCCACUGGCAGUGGGGGGCCACUGGAGGACCCCAGGCCACUUCGUGGAGGGAGGCGGGCAGGGGGGGAGUGAUGAAGAGGCGGCUGCAGGAAGGGGACCCGUGAGGGAGGGGGGAUCGAGGGCUGCCCAGGGGGAGCCUGGGAGCAGCGGGUACCCUGCCUAGGGGGAGCCUGGAGCCCGAGGCAGUGCCUUACAUCCAGUCUGGCUUCAGACACUCAGCAGCAGGACAGGUGAGGGAGGCUCCAGGGAGCCACUGCAGGCUUCUGAGGAUAACACAAGCAAGGCCCAGUUUCCAGGUGGUUCCUCUGUAAAUGGAACAAAAUAGGCGGUUCAUCCCACCCCUGGUCCUAUCAGAUGAGCCAGGCUUGUUUGAGCAGGUCCCCAGGACUCCUCAGGGGCCAGUGGGCAGAGCCGGGCACCCAGGAGGCUGCUCUGAGCAGAGGGGGGUGCCCCCAGCUUGCCCCUCUCAGCCCAGCCUGAGCCCACCAGGCCCUGGUCCUCCAGCGCAGCUACUAAUGACUACGUAACCCAGAUGAGCACCCCCAGGGCUCCCUGCCCAGCAAAAGAGGCCCACUGCUCUGCAUCCUGAUUCAUGGGGGUGGCCACAGGAAUCUACACCUGUGUUAAAUUUAUAGACCUGAAGGCUCCCUUCAAAAAAUGUCAACUUCUCUGUAUGUUCAUUAAAAAUAUAAGAAGGACUGGAAGGAACAUUCCUAAGGUGCCUCUAGACAGGCCACUUGGCAUCUUCAGACAGCAGGCAGAGAGGGUUCUUCUGGAUUACAGCUACACUGAGUUUUCCCUAAUAAAAAUCUCUUCCCACUGCCUAAUAAACGAUGGCCCAUCAUCACAGCUGUGUACCUCUCAUCUCACUGGAGGUAAGUUGCUGAAGUGAGUUAGACCGUAGAGGUGCCCAGAGAGGCUAGUGAGGUGAGCUGCCCAGCAUCACACAGCCAGUCAGCAUCCGAGCCUGGAGUGGGCCUCUUUACUGCCAGCAGUCUCUGGUUAGGGAAUGCUAGGCUUGCAAAAGGUUUGAGUCUGGAUGAGUUAUGGUACAGGCUAAACCGCCUUGAUAAAGAGACCCCAAAAUACUCUGGGUCAAACAAGAUAGAACUUUAUUUCUUUCCUGUAACAGUCCAGAGAUGAGUGGUCCUGUUUGGAAAGCUGCUCUGCUCCAUGUGGUCACCAGGAACCCAGGUCCCUUCCACUUUGUUGCUCUGCUAUUCUCCAGAGUGAUGUCCUCCUUCACAUGGUGGAAGCCAAUUCACCAGCAUUGCUCUGCCUUGCAACCCACAGGAAGGAGGAGAGAGGAAGGGGCCAGCCACUCUGGCACACAUCUCCUCUACUCUCAUGCCAUUGGCCAUACCAAGGUGCAAGGGAGGCUGGGAAAUGUAGUCUAAUACUAAUAUGAUUAAAAGAAAAAAGGCUUCCAGUUUCUAGUCCAGCAUAUAAGGAGCUUCGAAGUCACUACCCCAUCUUAACAAGUAAAAACUGAACAAACUAGAAAUUCAGCAACUCCUCUGGGAUCCAUCAGAAGUGAGGUCACAGGGCAACCAGAUGCCCACAAAACUGGAGACACACAAAGGUGAAUACAGAGAAUCACAAUUUACCAAAGCAGAAAACCAUAUAUUUAGGAAUUAGUAGGAGAAGAGGAAAAACCUGAACUAUAAUCGAUAAACUGCUGGAGGUUCAGUGUGGACAAAUAUGAGAUUAAAACCUCCAUGGGGUCCCAGCCAUGGGGUUCCACACCUUUGUGAGCUCUACCUUCUGAAGCUCUGCCAGAUCCUCACAGUGAAUACCAGAGAAAAGCUCCUUGAUUCUUCUGGCAGCGGGAGAGGAAGUAACCACUCUGAAACAGGCCAGAGCAUUCUGUUCUUAACCAGGCCUGUUAAAAGAAACUAUUUCAACAGAGCCUAACUUUCUGGGGUUUGAUCAGAAACUGUAUUAAUUUCAGAUAGAGCAGACUUCAGAGCAAGGAAAAUUAUCAGGGACGAAGAGGGUCAUUACAUAGUGAUAAACAGUCAGUCCUCCAAGAAGAGGUAAAAAUCCUUCAUGCAUAACAACAGAGGGUCAAAAUACAUGAGGCAAAACCAACAGAACUACAAGGAGAAACAGAUGAACCCACUAUUCAAUUUGGAGACAUCAACACCCCUCUCACAGAAAUGGGCAGAUCCAGCAGUCAGAAAAUGAGUAAACAGUUGAAUUCAACAGCACCUCAACUGGAUGUAAGUGACGUCUAUAGACUACUUCAUCCAGCAGUAGCAGGAUACACAUUUUUUUUAAAGCUCACAUGGAACAUUCACUAAGAUAUGCCACAUUCUAGGUAAUAAAACACACCUUAAAAAAUUUCAAAGAAAUUUCAUACAAAGUGAUUUUUCUCUAUUGUUUUCCUGUUUUCAAUGAUUUCUGCCCAAGUUUUUAUUUCUUUCUUCUGCUUUCUUUGCACUUAAUUUGCUUUUCUUUUUCUAGUUCCUAAGGUGUAAGCCUAGAUAAUUUUAGAUUUCUUCUUGUCAAGUAUAUGCAUUCAGUGCUACAAAUUUCCCUCUAACUACUGCAUCCCACACAUUUUGAUUGUAUUUUCAUUUUCAUUUAGUUAAAAGUAUUUGUAUAUUUCUCUUGGGAUUGCUUGUUUGACUCAUGUGUUAUUUAGAAGUGUGUUAUUUCUAGUAGAAAUAAAAAGCAUAAAUAGGUGGAAGA